UAACCGAACCUUGUCGGGCCUUAAGAGAUACUGACAAAUUUCUCUCAUUGCUUCAAUAUACUUCAGUUUCAUUUCUAUGGUAUUUUAGUUGAAAUACUUGCUAACUUUAAUUUUUUUAUCAUGAAUUAUUUAGCGAUUUGUAUUCUUGUAUCCUCGGCAUUUAUUGGCCAUGUAUCAGCUGUAAAUUGCACAACGUUAGCAGACGGUAAUUACGAACUUGGCUGCAAGUCUUUCGCCAAAUGUAUCGGCGGUGUUGCUUCCAUAGUGGACUGCCCGGAACAAAUGGUGUAUAAUAACAAUACAGGAUUGUGCGACGACGCCAAGAAUGUGUCACCCCCAUGUGGAAUGCUUAUUGACUGCACGAGCUCACCGGACGGACGUUAUGCUGAUAAAGACCAGAACUGCAGGACAUGGUACACGUGCAAUAACAACAAAUUUUUAGGACAUAAUUUCUGCCCUGAAGGGACCGUGUUUGACGAAACCUUAAAUACAUGCAACUGGGAAAACGCAGUACCACCACCAUGUGGAACUCUAAAAGGGAAAUGAAAACCGGACAUGUCAUUUUAGAAAUUAAAACUCAUUUUUAAUGUAAAUUUCUUA